AAAGAGGGGUAUUGUUAACACCCCUUCCUAAGUCGGCAUCCAAACGAGCCCUAAUACUCCUUGAUUAAUUAAGAUAAAGUGAAGUCUCAAUAAUACUGUAUAUUGAAGUCUUGGAAUUACCUCAUGUUUUAAAUAGUAGAACUAAAAAAUAGGAUAGAGGCAUAGGAGUAUUGUUUAGUAUCACUAUUUAGAUGUCUGCACGAUUUUUUAAUCAUACUUUUUUGCUGACAUUUCUUUUGGUUCGAUGGUCACCGAUGUUGAAGUUAUUUUACACACUUCAACUAAUUCUCUUCUUGAUUCAAUUAAAGCAUAUAUGUUGGGACUAGAAAAAUUACAAUAAAUUUUUUUUUUUUUUUCGAUCGGAGUAUAAGAAUCAAAUUCUAAUUAAUUGUGAGGGAGAAAAUCCACCGACCAACUAGACUAACCUCGCCGUGGCUGACAUUUGUUUUUUUUAAGAGAUUGAAAAGGGAUUGGAGAACACAAUGUAUGAGGAAAUGUCCGUAAAUUUUAAGAUUUCUUAAGAAAAAACGAGGAAAAUAUUUUAAAGAUUCCCAUGAGGUUACGGCACUAAACGACGUCGUGGAGACCCGGUAUAGCAUCGAAAUGAAAAUUUUACACAUACGGGCCGGAGAAGCCUUCGACCCGCUGUGGCUAGAAAUCCACUUUCGUCAGUUUCGCGGGUCGGAAUAAAUAUGAGGAGAAAAUAGGCGCUUAUUACAGACAUCCCAAUUUCAAUCGAGCAAAGCUCAGCAGCUCUGGCAACGGUCUGUGUCUCCGGAAACCUCAAGGUUGUUCUUGCAGAUGGAUCAAGAAAUAAUCGAAGCAGAGCUAGUGUUGCCGACUCACCUUUGUUUUAAAAAAGUUCAGAUGUAUGAGAAGUACCCAAAGGGCCAACAGAGGGGCAGGUGGAAGCAUCUCAAGCAAAUUAUCCAAGCUGAAAAUUACCAGAACUAUCCCCCUGAUGAGCCCAAUUAUGUUAAUAUCGAAUCGCCACCUUCCAUGCAUCCUUGCAAAAGAAUUUGUGAUAUAACAGGAUUUGAGGCACCUUACGUUGAUCCAAGGACCAACCUCCGCUAUGCAAAUACAGAUGUGUUCAAGCUCGUAAGAUCCCUUCCUAACGAGUAUGUUCAGAGGUAUCUGGCUCUUAGAAAUGCAGCAGUUGUUCUGAAGUAGCUUGCAAAUAACUCAUGGGACAACACGAGGCUGCAUCUCUCUGGAAAUGAAAACAGUGGCAGUUGAAGUAGGUUUUACAUUUCGUUUCCAUUAUUUCUUCAUGGGCCGUUUGCUGUACUAUGUAAAUUACCCCUAUUAAAAGGAAUUGACAGCAUCAUCUCCACUGUUGGGCUAAUACUGGAUCUAUUUACCAUGAUGUUAUUGUCCUA